AUGAUUUCUUAUAUGCUAAAUUAAAGUGCAUCUUUCCAUAUAAGUGAAAAUAAGUUUGAUGAAUGCAAUAAAGGAACAAAAACUUUUCAUUCUAAAACUAGAUAAUUAGAGGGCUACAAACUAAAAAUACCAAAUCAAUCCAACUAUUAAUAAGAAGAAACUAUUCUAAAAAAUGUAAAUACCAACUUCUCUAAGUUUUAGAUUAAAUAAUAAUUUAAAAAAAAGAAUGAUGAAUUUGAUUCAGUUGCUUAUGUAAAAAAUAUAAUAAGCUCAUCUCUAAGUAUUCUUGAAUAGGAACAUCAAAUUAUUCAAUAAUUACAGAAUCUAGAAGAUGAACAUACUCAAUCAAGUUUAUAAUAAUAGAUAUUAAACCAAAAUGAUAUUGAAUCAUUUUAGUUGCCUCCCACUAUUCAAUAAUUUUCAUAACCUAACAAAAAAUCACAAAAAAAAUCAAAGAACAAAAAAAAUAAAAUUGAUCCAUAACUAAAAAUUCAAAAAAACUAAACUUUAACAUAGAAGUAGUAGCAUUAACAACCUUAGAAUGAAUAGUAGAUUAAUGAAAAAUAGUGUAAUUUGAACUCUUCUUAAAUUAUUCAUAAAAUGAAGUACUAAACGAAUUCAUAAAAAUAAUAAAUAUUACAUAGUUUUAAUCAAAUAGAGAAUAUAGAGUAGAAAUAUAAACAUAAUUAAAGUGAUCUGGAUGCUUAAAAUACUCAUGUAAUAAAAUAAAAUAAUAUAGAUUGGUGCUAUAAGUACAACAACAGGAAAUUCUUAAUCAGAAUCUGAUGAUUGUUUAUAGUAAUAAGAUGAGAACAAUCAAAAAGAUUCAAGUAUUCAAAAACAAAGUAAUAGAGAGAAAAAUAAAAAAAAAAAUUAAAAUCACAUAUAAAAAGUUGGAAACAAAUUAUAUCAAUAUUCUUCAUAAAAUACACCUAUAAAAGGUAAAUAAUUAAAUUUAAACAAAUUUAAAACACAUGAUAUAGAUGAAUUUAUAAAUAGUAUACAAAUAAAAAGUUUUUAAAGUAAAAUAAGGAAACGAAUAUGUUUUAAUAGAUUACAUCAUAUAAUUUCAAUGAAUUCAGAUCUUAAUAUUUAUGCAUAUGGAUCAUUUGAAACAGGACUCGAUUUAGAAGUGAGUGAUGUUGAUAUAGGUAUUUGGGGAACAUAAACAUUGAGUUACAAUUAGAUUGUUAACUUUUUGUAAUAAAUAAAUUAAAUUUUAAAAUAGACACCAUUUUUAGUAAAUUCAAAGUAAAAUUAUUUAGAUAAUGUUUUAGAUUAAUACAAAGUCAUAUUCCAAUACUAAAAUUAGAAUUGAAUCCAAAAACUGAGUUUUAUAAUGACAAUAUUUAUAUUUAAUAAAAUUGGCAAAGUUUUCAUUUAGAUGAAUAAGAUUCUGGUAUGUUUAGUCUUUUAAUCAUAGGUAAAAUAAUUUAAGUGGAUUUAACUUGGAUUUAUUAGUGGAGUAAUAUAUUUAAUAAUCCACAUUUGGGAUUUGCUUCAACUACAAUAAUUAAAGAUUGGGUUAAUAGAUUUUAUUGGUAUAGAGAAAUUAUGUUAAUUUUGAAGUAUUUACUAAAAUAAAAGAAUUUGAAUGACGCUUACACAGGUAUUUUUAUUAAAAUAAUUACAAAAGGAGGAAUAUCUUCAUUUUGUUUGACAAUAAUGCUAGCUGCUAUUUAUAUGUGUAAACAUUACACUUAAAAUGAUAAGAAAUAAAUUCUUCUUGACUUUUUAAAAAAAUAUGCAACUUAAUUUGAUCCUUUAAAAGAGGGUAUUUAUAUUGAUGGUUAUGGGUACAAAAAUUAUCUAGUAUAGGUAAUAAAACCCAUUUAUAGCGUUGGAUGAAUGUCCCCCUUAUAAUCCUCUUACAAUAUACUCACCAAUUAAUUACUAAAUAAUAUCUCAAAAAGCUAUUAGAUUUCCUGAGAUUUAAGAAACAUUUAGAAAAUUUUAUGAACAUUUAAUGAAGUCGAAUAAUAAAAUUCAAGAUUACUUCGAUGUUCCUUAAUAAAUGAAUUAAUAAUUAUUUAUUUGA